UCAGCAAAGAGACAAAAAAAAGGAAUAAAGAAUUUGUUCACAAACAUUUCAGAAGGUUUUACAACAGGCGGUGUACUCACAUGUAGACAUGGCUUGCAAAGUCCUGUUUGCUCUUGCAGUGUGGCUUUUGCUGGCGACCUGUGACGCUGGACGGCAGAUGCCUAAACUGGCGGACAAGAAACUCUGUGCUGACUCUGAAUGCAGCCAUCCCAUCCUGAUAGCUCGUGCUCUGCAGGAUUACUACCCUGGAGACUGCAGAUUCAUCCCUAUCAGGCAGGGCCAGCUCGUCUAUGUUUAUGCGCUACUGAAAGACAGAGGGAACCUCUUUUGGGCUGGGAGUGUACAAGACUCAUAUUAUGGGCAACAGGAAGCUCGAAUCGGCCACUUCCCCAGCAGCGUAGUAGAGGAGACGCAUCCCCUCAUGCCGGCCAAUACCGAGGUCAAAACUACUAAAUGGGAUUUUUACUGCAACUGAUGUCAACUUCAUUCACGAAGAGAACUCUUCUUGUCAGCUGUUUGGAUUUGAUUCUGAUGACCGCACGAUACACACUGUAUUGUUGACUAUGUUUAUUCUUAUGCAUACAGGGCAAGCAUAUAAAUGCUGCAGCACAGUAAUGCAUUUAAAAAUCAAGAUGUCUGCUUCAUGCUCUGUUUCUGUCUUCUACAUCAGAUUCCACUGCAUAACUCCAGAAGUACUCGUAAUUCUUUGUUCAUUUUGCAAAUAUCAAGUAAAUGAUUUCUAAA